CGUCAACCUUCAAAUAUACGUCAAACAAAAAGACAAACGGUCACGUAAUGCAGUGAGCGCCAAAAAUAAUUAUUUUUAAAGUAAGAAAAAAAAAUAACUGUAUUAAAAUAUUUCCGCACAAUGUCAGAAAUAUUCCACAAGCGAUACUCUGGGUACAAGUAUCGGACCCUGUCCACGAACACUGGAGAGCGAGCGAAACGACUCGAAAGAGAGGAAACUCCCGUCGAGAGGAAAUUCAGAGAAUUGAGGAGGGCAAUCACUACGAGAGUGAACAAAGAAGUGGAUGACACGCACAAAGCUAGAGAAGCUAUACUGAAUAAGUUCGAAAAACUCGAUAACAAAAUAACUUCGAUGAUAGAGUUGCAGAAUACAGUGGCAUUACUGAGGAAAGACUUACGUUCAGUGGGGUACGCUGUGCAACAAGUCGGUAAAAAGGUGGGCAAUAUUGAAGCCCUGAAUUAUCGCGCAGAAAUGUACAGUUUACAUUCUCAAAGAUUGUCUCUGAGAUCCCAAGCUCCUGCAAUAAAGGAGGAGACUGAAGACCGCGACUCCAUAGUAACUCAUAUUUAGUUCUCUAGUGGUGUAACGCAGUGACGCAUACAAUGAUGCAUUUGUUUAAGUACGCACAAUUAUAUCUAAACUAUUGUCCUGUUAUCAAUGCUGUCGAAAGGUUAAGUAAUUAUUGCAUUACACGGAAAUGUUUUCAUAUGUAA